AUUUAUCCUUUUUAAAAAGGUGGCAAGGAGACAGGUGGGGUUGGCUAGCAUGUCCUUUACACCCAUUGUUUUUUAUUUUAAAAAUGAAAUUUUUAACUUUUGACAAGGACAAUCCAGGUGAACACCCACAGCAUAAAGAAAAAGAAAAUGAAAAGAAAAUUCAUUGUUAGCUAGCACGCGUCCAUCCCCAAAACAGGGAUGUGAUAUACACCUCCAUCUUCAUCUACGUGUACAUCCUGGGUUUUGCCAUAAGAAAUUUCCUUAAUCUGCACCAAAAAUAUUUCUCAGUUUUCUAAUAAUAUCAUCCAAUACUUUUUAGGGAAGUUUAAAUUACUCUUCGUCAAAAUACUUUAAAGUUUUGUUAAUCUAUAUUUUAAUUAAUUUUAUUUAAGUAAGCGAUAAUUUUUCAAUUUGAAAAAUAAAGUUUUGUGGUGAUUAAAUAAAAAUUAUUUAAAAAAUAGACAUUUUUUUUAAAUCUUCAGAUUAAUUAUUUCUAAAAAAAGAAAUAGAAAAAUUUUGAAAGUAAUUUAAUUGAAGAAAGAUAUAAAGGUAAUUUCGGCUCCUCUAAGGGUGUAGAUGAACUGUUAAAAAAAUUAAUGAUAUUUUAGUAUUUACGCGAAACCUCAAGAGAUGUAGAUAAAAUAGUCUCUUUUAAAAAAUAAUUGAAUUUUCUUUUGAUUAUAAAUUUAAAAAUUAUACAUCUCCUUUUUGUAAUUAUAAAGUUAUAAGUUUCACGUGGUAUAAUUACGAUAGUGCGGAUGAGGAAGACAGUGUGGAACGCAUACAAUAAUGAAGAAAUUACCAAAAUAAUAAUAAUAAUAAUAAUAAUAAUAAUAAUGAAGAAAAUAUUUUAAUAUAAUGGGAACAAAUUAUAUACAAUCAUUGUGGGAGAAUAAUUCAAUAAAAAGCAACGAUUUCAUUAAAGUUCUCUCACGAGAAAGACACGAAGUUAUAAUAUUGCAACUUGGGUGGAUUAAUUAUUAAUAAUAAGCUAUUUGAGUUUCAACUGUGAGACUAUUAUAGGGUUGACAGAAAUUAAAAUUGUCAUACAAAGAUCUAGAGUUAUAAUAAGCCACGUGAAUCUAAAGUGUAUAAAUAAAUUAUACAAAAAUGGAAGUCACAAGGUCUGGCCGGCUCUGUUUCUUUCCCUUGUUUGUUGCCAUCUUCCUUGUUGGGUCUUCUUUAUCUCAAAUUUCCAUUAAUGGAGAUGAACAGAAAAUCCAAAGAUCUCAAUUCCGCGAACCCUUUUUCUUUGGAACCAGCACUUGUUCAUAUCAGAUUGAAGGUGGAUAUACUGAAGAUGGUAAGGGCCGUAGCAACUGGGAUGUUUUCACUUACAUCUCAGGAAAAAUUCAAAAUAACGAAAAUGGAGACGUUGCAAAUGAUAAUUACCAUCGCUAUUUGGAAGACAUUGAAAUAAUGCAGUCUCUUCGAGUAAAUGCAUAUCGGAUCUCAAUUUCAUGGACAAGAAUUCUGCCUAAAGGAAGAUUUGGCAAUGUUAAUCCAAAAGGGAUCGAGUUUUAUAACAAAAUCAUAGACAACCUGUUGCUCCGAGGAAUUGAGCCAUUUGUGACAAUUUUCCAUGCGGAUAUGUCGCAAAUACCAGAAAAUAGAUAUGGGGGUUGGCUAAACCAUUUAAUACAAGAAGAUUUUGUACAUUUUGCCACUAUAUGUUUCAAAGAAUUUGGAGAUGGAGUGAAGCGCUGGAUAACCAACAAGGAGCCAAGCCUUCUAGUAGAGUGUAUUUGAUGAAGGUGCAGUAAUCGAUAUCGGUGACGUGUAAUAGAAAAAAUAAAAUAAAAAAAGGGAAAAAAAGGUACUUGUUGCUUUUUGCUUGUUAUGCAGAGAUGAGAUUUUUUUUAUUAUUUAAAUUAUUUGGUUUGAUGAAGGUGCAGUAAUCAAUAUCGGUGAUUUGUCAAAUAAUUUGUUUUUCCAUGUGAUAUCGAUAUAGUGGUAGUCAGUAUCCAAGAAGAGAAUCUGGAUAUGAUAAUCAAUUUGAAGCAUUAAGGAGUUUUUUUUUUGAUAUUGAUGAUGUAUUAUGAAUUAUAUUUGAGAAUUUUAUGUAUCUUAAUAUUAUUUGUUAAAUUUUCUGUAUUUUGGUGCUAACAAACA